AUGGCGGAGAGGGAGCAAGGCGCGUCGACGAGUCCUCCCCCUGCCGUGCAGCCAGCACCAGACGUCGCGAAUUCCCCGCCGUCAGCCUCCGAGUCUCCCGAGGCGGCCGGCUCGGGGUGGGUGCGGCUGGUGCACGUGGAGAUCGCAGGCGCGCGGAAGCUUCUCCCCAAGGACGGCGCCUUCUCCAGCCCCUUCUGCGUCGUGGAGUUCAACGGUCAUACGAAGCGCACGCACACAGUGGAGAGGGACCUCAACCCCGUGUGGGAUGAGAAGUUCGUGUUUGCAGUCCCCAUCCCUUCACCCCUCAACCCCUCACUGGCCGACCACCAAGAGCCAGUCCACGUCACCAUCUACACCCUCUCCUCUGCCGCCGCCCCUCUUGUUGCGGCCGGCAGUAUCUCGGCCAGCUUUCGCCGCCCGGUGCUGGGCUCCGCCCCUAGUGGGGGGGCGGCAGGCGAUCCGGAGAGAAGCGUGUUUCUGGGGAAGGUGCAGGUGCCCGUCCGCAUACAUGCCCUUGCGCCCGGUAUCCCUCUCCACCCCUCCGCACCCCUCGCCUGGCUGCCUCUUGAGCGCCGAUCCCUUGUCAACCGCGUGCGGGGCGACCUGGGCAUGGCAGUGUCUUACCAGGACGUGCCAGCCUCAUCCAUCAACCCCGACUGUCUGGACGAGUUCGACAAAUGCGAGGCCGACAGGUGGCACCUCCCGCCGUCCGCGUCCAGGUCAUAUUUUUCCGACGAUGAAAACCUGCCCACAGCCCUCUCCCACCAACUCUCCAGACACAGCAGCCGCAAUGCUGCCUCACAUUCCUCCACUCCUCCCACCUCUCUCCCCCUUCCCACCGCUCCCCCUGUUCCCCCCACUCUUCCCACUCUCCCUACCCUCCCCACUCUCCCCCUUCUCCCCACGUUCCCCUCUCUCUACACCUCCUCCCCCCUCGCCACCAUCAUCUCUUCUGACGAGUCUCCUUUCGCGCCCGUUUCACCCUCCUCCACUGCCCUCUCCCCACUGCUUCCCCCCACUUCUGCUCCCGGCAAUGCGCAACGCCAUGCCACUGUGCCUGCUGAGAAAGCGGGGGUAAAGGGCGAGGGGCGAGGGAUACAGGGGGGAGGGGAAAAGGAGGCAGAUGAAGGAAACGGAGAGGGGGAGGGGGAAGAGGAGGGAGAGGGAGAAGAGGAGGGAGAGGAGGGAGAGGAGGGGGAGGACGAGGUGUUGUUGGCAAUGGAGCCGAUUCUGUUUGUGCGCGUGGUGCAGGCGCGCUCACUGCUAGGGCUAGAUCUCAAUGCCUCCAGUGACCCCGUGAUUCGCACUGGUGACAGUGAGUCAUGCGCGCUCACCUCCCACACACCUCUCACCAUUUCCUUUCCCCGUCCCCCAUGUGCACGUGCAUGUCAGUUCGCGAUGGUGACGGUGGGCAAGGUCACAGCCCGCACUCGCACCGUCCCUGAUGACGUCAACCCCAAGUGGAACCAGGUCACCCUCGCUCUUCCCUCGCUCGCUCUCCCUCCUUUGCCACUGCUCCCCUUCUUGCACCUCCAUGUCUUUGCCAUCGGCCAGUCCGCCACGUCCUUUUCUCUCGCCAAUCCCUCUUCCACGCUCGAGAUAGUGCUCAAGAACGAGAACCGCCUGAUGAGGGACUCCUUCCUGGGAGCCAUCACGCUGCCAGUCGCCUCUCUCCCCCACCGCGUCCCCCCUGCCCCCCCCGUUGACCCGCGCUGGAUUCGCCUCGACAAGAAAGCUGCCAGCGCCCCUGCCAACACUGCUCGCAGCACUGUAAAAGGCGAGCUGCAGGUGGCGGCGUGGAUAGGCGUGAGGGCGGAUGAGCAGUUUGCAGAGGUGUGGCAGUCGGACGUGAAGGGCGUGGCGCACCACCGCUCCCGCACCUACCCCUCUCCACGCCUCUGGUACCUGCGGGUUCACCCCUGCAAGCUGGAGCACCUCUCUGUACCACGUGUUGCACCCAACCUGGUGGUGCGGCUACGAGUGCCCUGCGGCAUGCAGGUGCAGACAAGCCCCGCCACCCACCGCACUCCGGUGCCGCCCGGCGAAAGUUAUGCGGGCGGGGUGGGUGACCGCAAAGCGAGCGGCUGUAGCGACGAGGAGGAUGAGGAUGACGAGGGGGAGGAGGGCGACAAGGAGGGUGAGGACGGGGGUCGGGAGGAGGAGAGGAGAGUGGGUGGAGAUGAGGGUAGCGGUGUUGGCGGGAAGGAGAGGAGCAGCCCACCCAAGGGAGCAGCGACGGGUGCGGGCACAGAGCAGGGCGCUGGGGAGAGGACAGGUGCAGGCAGGGUUGCAGGAGGGGAGGAGGGGCGGGAGAAGGGGGUGUGGGUGUGGGGUGAGGGCGAUGAGCAGGUGGUGGUGGUGGCGGAGCCACUGAAUGGGCACCUACACGUGCAGAUCGUGAAUGUCAUCUCUCCCUCCUGGGAAGAGGUGGUGGCAUCAGCAAGCGUGCUCAUCUCCUCCAUCCCCACCCGCAUCACCCUCGACCCCCUCGAACCCAUCUCCAUCGCUCUCCAAACCACCGCUGCUGCAGCCAUCACCACUGCAAACCGCUCCCCCUCUGCCGACUCUCUCGAAUCCCCCUCUAAACCAUCCCCAGCCCCCAUUCUCGCCUCCUCCCUCUCCACCUCCUUCCUUUCCCUCUCCUCCUCCCCUCCCUCCUCCUCCCUCUGCCCCACGCCUCUCCUCUCCCUCCUCCUCGCCCUGGAGGGCGGCCACCACGUAUUCACCCAACACCCCCGCUUCCUCUCCUCCCCGCUCCCCGCCGCCCGCUCGCUCUACCCGCCGCCCAUCGCGCGCCUCGAGAUCGGAAUCAUAUCGGCGAAGAAUCUGCAGCGGCCGGUGCCGAGCUCACUGGGGAGUGCGGGGAUGGAUGUGUAUGUGGUGGUGCGGUAUGGCGGCAUGUGGGCGCGCACAAGGACUGUCAGCUGGGAGGUCAACCCUGUGUGGCGUGAGCAGUUUAACUGGCCUGUUUAUGACCUCUGCACCGUUGUCACCAUCGGUGUGUUUGAAAACAAGCACAACAGGGGCGUAACCACGUCAACAGACACCCCUCUGGGCCGCAUCCGCAUGCGCCUCAGCGCCAUAGACUCCACACGAGCCCUCUCCUCACACCAGCCGCUGCUGUGCCUCACCAAGAAGGGCGUCAAGCAGCUAGGCCAACUGCACCUCGCCCUGCGCCUCUCCCCCUCCAUCCCCCUCUCCCGCCUCGCUGCCACCUACAUCCGCCCCACGCUCCCCCCCGCGCACUACCACUUCCCCAUCCCGGAAUCCCAAGAACCAGCCCUCUUACAGGAGGCAGUGGGCCUGCUGUGUGCGCAGCUGGGAGCAUUCGACCCGCCGUUACGAGCCGAGGUGGUUCAGUACAUGGGGGAGUGCGAUGAGGACGUGCUGUCCGUGCGGCGGCUUAAAGCCAACCUGCAGCGGAUCAAGAUGCUGCGGGCGCGGUUCUCUGCCACGGCUGCUGGCUUCAAGGCCGCCCUGAGGGCCAAGUACGACAAGCUCAUGGACGGUGCUGGGAGGGUGCAACGGGGCCUUGGGGUCAUUGCUGACGCAGCAGAGAAGAUAGAGAUGCUGCUGACGUGGCGAGAUCCAAGAGCCACGUUCCUGCUCAUGUCAGCGUGCACGGCGCUCAUGGCUCUGCUGCUGCUGUUGCCCUUCCGCCCCGUGGCGCUAGCAGUGGGCUUCUGGGCGAUGAGACACCCGCGUCUGCGCCGCAUCACGCCCACCAAGGUCAAAUGCUUCCUUGCUCGCCUGCCCACCCGCGCCGACACCAUCUAUUGA